GGAACGGGGCGUUAUUUCGGUUCCUGUACGCGGAGAAAACCGUGUAAAGUCACAGUUCAGCUUCUUCACAAAUGUAGGAAAUUCACCACAGACUUUUCUUUUCAGUCUAAUGGUGUCGUGACAAGUUUUCUCCAUGAUUGAAGUGUCGAUACCGUCGAUGGAGAGGGAGGUGGAUGAGUCUGGGAAGUCCAAAAAGCUUUUCAGAGUGGACGUCUUGUUUAAUGGGAGGAAACAUUACGUGCUGAGAAGAAACAGUGAAUUCCAGACUCUACACAGAAAACUCAGGAAGAUCAUCCAGACCCCUGAUUUUCCAAGCAAAAGGAACCAACAUCUGAGAACCAAACCUCUGGAGCAGAGGAGGCAGGAGCUGGAAGACUACAUCCAGGACGUCAUCUAUCAAAAUGAGGAUGUGCCACAAGUGCUGCUGGACUUCCUCCAUCUCAAACACUUCCACACAGGGAACAAAAUCAGCAGCAUGGAAUCAUUUGAUGAACUGGACAGUCAGGACUACAGUUACCAGUUAUCAAGUCGGCGAGUGUUGGGAUUUUUUCAGGAUCCGUACAUUUCCGAUUGCACAUCAGGCCUCCCAGAUGUGGUCGUCGAUGGGGUUCUCCAAGGUUUUUACCCUCGGGAAGUCCGCGUGAGCUUCACUGACCCCGAUCCUGACCCCCCUCUUUUAUAGACAAGUGACAUUAUUUGACAUAAUGCAGACUAGAGACUGACUAGUGAACAAGCCAUGAGAAAAGGAGUAAGUAGCCUGAAGGAGGUCAUGGGGAUCCUUACAGGGCCUUUCAUACUUUUGUUUUGUCCGUAAGUCGACACCUUUCGGAUUGAAACUCAACCCUUUGUUGUGUUUUUCUGCCUUUUAACAGCACUUUGAAUACUCAUACUGUACAUAUUUUUAGCAGCAGUUUUAAACACAAUGCGGCGUCAUGUGUUAACAGGAAAAUGUCUGUUAUUCAUUUAAAUCAUACUGGAGCUCAGUUUUAAUUGUAAGAGUCUGUAUGCUAAAUAUAGACAAUUACUUGAAAAUUAUAGGGUAUGGAUUAGUUUUUUUAAAUACUGGUGUUUACAUUUUUGUUGUUUUUGUUAGAAAUGUGGGAUCAAAACGCAGACAUGACACUGGAUCAGGGCCCGCACCUUACUUUACUGUAGCAAAAGCAGCCAUAAACCUGUGCUACCAAAUAUUAACUAGAGUUUGUUUUCAUGUUGGAGUUUCAUGUAUUUUUUUAUGAUUUAGUUUACAUUAAAGUUGUAAUAGAAAUGAAA